UCCUCACCAUCAUCAACCUCUUCCUCUUCUCCUCCCCCUCUCUAGCUUUCAGAUCUUAGCCUUCCUCCUCCUCCUUUCUUCUGAGGGCUGAAGCUCUGCUGGUUUAGGGUUCUGUGCUCUGAGUUCUGUGGGUUUGUUCUUACAAUUUCUGGGUUUUUGUUCUUGAAUCUUGUGUUUUGUGUUCUGUACCUAGAACCCACAUAGGUUCAAUCAAUUUAGUUUUGUGUUUCUGAGGUUUCGAAAAAAAACAAAAAAAAACCUGGAAAAUUAAUCUUGAUGCUGACUAUUUUAUCCUUGAUGUUUGAGAUUCAUGUCUCCGGUGCUCAGUGAAAUCCUCCGUUCGGGGUUUAUGGUAGAUUCCGCCCUCAGGCGCAGGACCCAUUUAGUUCAAUCCUUCUCCGUCGUCUUCCUUUACUGGUUCUAUGUGUUUUCAUAAGUCAGCUUCCAACACAGCUUCGUAAUACUAUUAUAUUACCUAAUAAAUACUAGUAAUAUUGGAAUAAUCGGGUCCUGCGUCUUUUUAAAUCUAUAAGUCGAUCUUCUAAUUCUGUUUGAUAUCAUCGAUCUUUUUCCGGGUGUCAUCAUAUAUAUGGCAUCUUCGAGUGGAAACUCGUCCGGCUCUCAGCUUCUUCAGAAUUCCGGGUCCGAAGGGGACCUUCAGCAUGUGAUGGAUCAGCGAAAGAGGAAGAGAAUGCAGUCCAACCGGGAAUCGGCGCGGCGGUCGCGGAUGCGAAAACAGCAGCACUUGGAUGAGCUGACGGCUCAGGUGACCCAGCUGAGGAAGGAAAACGGUCAAAUCCUGACCAGCAUAAACAUCACCACCCAGCACUACAUGAACGUGGAGGCCGAGAAUUCGGUUCUCAGGGCCCAGAUGGCGGAGCUCAGCCAGAGACUGGAGUCUCUGACCGAGAUCCUCAACUAUAUCAACGGCAACAAUAAUAAUGGGGUGUUUGAAACCGAACCGGGCCAGCUGCUUCAGACCGGCUCCACCGCUGCUGAUCAUAAUAGCUUCAUGAACCCUUGGAAUAAUUCGCUCUAUUCAAACCAGCCCAUCAUGGCAGCUGCAGACAUGCUUCAGUACUAAAAACUGUUCAUGAUCAUGAUCAUCACCACCAUGCCCCCCCCCCCCCCCCCCAGAGGUCUGUGAUUGGUCUAUUCCUUGUUUGUCUUGCAUUAGGGUCUCAAUGAGUGGGAGAGGAAAGAACAGGGUGUUCUUUUAUUUUGGUUGCUGCCAAUCUGCCAUAUAUAAGAUUAUGUGUAAUAUAGAGAGAGAUUAUAUAAUGUAAGGUUAGAUUUAUGUAUCAGGCGGCAAGUGAUUGGGUGAAGCAAAAAAUGACUCUGAUGAUGGCCUGAUGCUAAAUUGGAAAGGUAGCUAGUUAGCAAUGCAGAGGGACCCAGAAAAGGGAGUUCUUGAUUUGUAAAAUGGAAUUUGGGUCAUUAAUCAAUUAUUAGUAUUAGUAUUUGUGUGAAGGGAUUUUAUGUAAUAUUUUAUAUAUUUAAAUUUCUUCGUCUUCAUUUGA